AUGGACGCUGCCUGGGAUGUAACCACCAUAUCUCCUACUGCUGAUGCGGCCAUUCGCGGCAAGUACGCAGGAACGGUGCUGGGCACCCGUGCUGUCGCACCGCGAGGCGGCGCUGCAAAUCCCGAGCACUGCGCAAUUUGUUUGGAGGAUGGCGAUGGUGUGAUUUGGGUGCGCUACUGUACAGUGAACGCAAGUGGCGCUGUCGAAGAGGUGACAGCAGGCGCAGCAAAGAAGUCCGAGCUGGACCUCAAGGAGCCAGUGGGCUCUUGGCCAUUAAUGGGUGAUGCCAUAUUCAUCCCUUGGGUGGAUACGAUCCUGAAGGACUGGUCCAUCACCCUCCCCAGCUGA